AUGUCCAAACCAACGGCCACGCCGCCCCUCACACCGCAAUUCUGCUUCGACACACGGGUGCUACGAGACUUUCUCCGCCUCUCGCGGGCCAGCAUAGACGACAGCAUCUCGACGACGCUCAACGCACUCAUCACCCCCGCGAGCACGUCGCCCUUUGACCCGGCCUCGACAUCGAUCCGCAGCCCCGGGCCGUAUCCUCGGCCGCCCAUCCCGGCGACGACGACGAGGACGUUUCUCGAAAACGUGCUAUUCCCAAGCUGGAACUCGCGCGCGAGCGUCAUCCAGUACUGCACAUCCGUCGCAACGUCGCCGGACCCGGAGGACCCGGACGUCAUUGAGCGCGAGGCGCUGAACCGUCGGGACGCCGAGCGUGUCGUCGACGAGCGGCUCGACCCCUACAGCGCGCGGUUUUUCCCCAGGGAAGCACGCACCGAGAUGCUGGCGAGCGUGCUGCGCAACGAGGUGGCGGUCGAGGGGAUCGUCAGGGCGCGGACCUGGGGGACCGUGACGGACCGCUGCGAGGGAGUUGGAGGUAAUUGGGAAGGGGAAUUCGACAGGUGGAAAGAGAGGGAAGGAGGAGGAGGAACAGGACCAGGAACAGGAACAGCAAGUACGAGAACAAGCUGA